UCCCCCAAUCUCUCGCUUCUCGCUUUUGUCGUGUUGGAGCUCAUACAGUAAACUAGUAAUCUGAUUAAGGGGGAAUUCCUGUCUCUUUACAAAGCAUUUCUAUAUUUCCACACAUUUCCAACCAUGGACACUCUGGACACUGCGUGCUUACUAAUGUAGGUGAGCAGGGUUCGACAACACUUAGCGAGGAGUUUCAAUCGGACAGAAUGGGCGCUCCAUUUAUUUAACAUUUAGUCUAUUUUCCAGUUUUAAUCAGUGGGAAGGUAAAUUAAGAUGACAGAGGAGAACGUCCUAAAGUGUAAGUUUGAGUCUCUGAGUCUCCUGCAAGCUCUGGAAGAGGUCAAAGACUGGUCAGAGCCAGGAAGUUGUCAUAAGGACUUGCAUGACCAAACCAGACAGAGGAGCAUCGCUGGAUAAUUUCAUAAAAUAAUGAAAACAGACUUACUCAAGUACUUGACACAUGAUAGUAGAUGACAUGAUCUGGAUAGUAGAUGACAUACACAAGUUGUUUGUAUGGUUUUUAAUAUUUGUCAUCUGAAAAACCACAGGAUUGUGAGGUCAUGUAGUCGCUCGACUCCAGUGAAGGGAUUUAUUUACCUGUUGUGAAAGCUGGUGCGAUGAAGACAGAGAGAGAAGAACUGGGCUGCUCUCCAUUGGAGUGCCUGACUCAGGAAAACCUACGGGAAUCCCAACAUUACAGAGAUGCGUCACAAAGCGAAACCAACGAAUGGUUCAAAAGUGCGGAAGAGACUCCUGGAACCAGCUUAAGGUACAACAUCACAAAGAUUGAGACAGAAGAACUGAACCGUUUUAAGCGUGAGCAACACGCUGACACCCUAAUUAAGACAGAAGCUGGUGAGCAAAGCUGUGCGGAACCCGAUAACGAAAUGUUUCCCUACACUGAGACGUUUCGGGAUUCACAGAGCUUAAGAGAAGAUCGGCUAUUUCACACAGGUGAAAAACAGCACAUAUGCACAGACUGUGGGAAGAAUUUCAAGAGAUCAAAAAGCCUGGUCAUUCAUAAGCGCAUUCACACAGGAGAGAGACCGUACAGUUGCACCGACUGUGGAAAGAGUUUUGGGCGGUUGGGAACCCUAAAGACUCACCAGAGAAUUCACACGGGAGAAAAGCCAUACUCCUGUGCAGAUUGUGGUAAAUGCUUCAAUCAACUGGAGCACUUAAAAUCACAUUAUCAAAUUCACACGGGAAGGAAGCCGUACUCUUGUACACACUGUGGGAUGAAUUUUGGUCAAUUAGGAACUCUAAGGAAUCAUUUACGGACACACACAGGAGAGAAACCGUACUCUUGUGCAGAAUGCGGAAAGAGUUUUUCACAUUUGGGAUCCUUGAAGUCUCAUCAGCGUAUUCAUACAGGGGAGAAACCGCACUCUUGCUCAGAAUGUGGGAGGCGUUUUAAUCAGUUAGAACACUUGAGGUCACACCAGAGAACGCACACAGGAGAGAAACCAUAUCCUUGCAAAGAGUGUGGGAAAUGCUUUAACCAGUUAGAGCACUUACGAACACACUUGCGAAUUCACACAGGAGAGAGACCAUACUCGUGCACAGUAUGUGGAAAGAGUUUUAAAGCCAUUGGAACUUUUAGAAAACAUCAAAUGAUCCACACAGGAGAGAAGCCGUAUGUUUGUACACAGUGUGGGAAGAGUUUCAGACAGGUGGACAGUUUAAUGCGGCAUCAGAGAAUUCACACCGGGGAGAAACCGUACACUUGUACCGACUGUGGAAAAAAGUUCAGUCAGUUGUGGACCUUGAAAAAUCAUCAGCGAAAUCACAAGAAGGAAUCCCCUGAACCCAAGAGUGCAGACAGUGUUCAGUAACUGAGUGAGCUUAUACAGUCCUCCCACGACGAGGUCUGUCCUUUUAAGCAGAAAUGUACGUGUUACUCAUUGUUAUUGCUUAAUCAACAUUUUCCAGUACUGUGGGUUCGAGACUCUACGUUUUACGUGUGCCCACAGUUUGGGUUCAUUCCAGUUGCUUAUUUUCACUCCUUCCAUCUUCAGGUGAAGCGUCAAAUCCUUCAACGAGAAGCAGAUUUCUAUGGUGAUGACAUUGUCCCCAUUAUUUUCAGUGAGAGGCGAUUCUUUACAUACGCAAGGCAUGCUGGGAUAGCUGAGCAAUGGAAGGCAAGCUGGGGAAGGGACCAUGAGUGAUGGGGGAACCUGGUGCGAUAACCAAUCGGAUUAAAGGUCUGAUGUGUAAAUUGUUUUGCAUUUAAAAUUUUUAUUUCCCCAUUCCAUAGUUCUGUCAAGGAGAGCCCAUUUAUUUUGCUGUGUUGGGAUUUCCAAUAUUUAUACUAUUGAUAUACAUUUAAUAAACACAGUGUGUCAAAAAUAGAAAACACCCACAAGCUACCAACUGUGGGAGGCAAGAGCGGUACCAGGCGAUUUCAUCAGAGGGUGUGUGUCUUCACCCUUCCUCAUGUCCUUCCCUCGCUCCUUAGCGCCACCCACUGGAGGACGCAAAUAAGAGAUGCAGGGAUGGUAUACGACAGGGUUUGUGUAUCAGUCUUAUCCAGAAAGGACC